AAGCGCUUUCUGAUUGCCGGUCUUUCCGUUUGAGGAGCGCUGCUAUCAACACAAUAUUGGUGUUGCUUAGGCGGGACAAGUCCAUCAGACAGGUGUUCGGAAGAGAGAGAUCUGAGGGCUUUACGCUCAUGAGGACCAAUGGACGCCAUACUUUAUCAGCGGCGGCACACCAAGCACCCUGUAACGUUAUUUGCUUGGUUACUUCACAGAAAGCACUCGGUAGACCUCAUUCCUCGGUAGACCUCAUUCAGUUCCAGACGGGGCGUUCCUCUGUGACUUCAAUCUUGUCGUGCCGAGCUUCUCUUGAAGCGAGUAUGCCUGGGAUACCAUCAGGGCGUGCAUGUGAUGGCUGUCGUCGAAUGAAGAAGAAGUGUGACUAUGUAGUGCCGGCAUGUUCACGCUGCAUCCGACUGGGAGUUGCAUGUAUCGGCUCUGGCCAACGAAGGUCUCACUUCAAAGAUUGAAAAUGCUCUCGGCGUCGACCCUCUUCUAACUCUGUUGUGAAGCUGUCUGAAUCACAUUACCAAGCCUCAUUUCGGUCUUUACCAAUCAGCGAACACUAUAUGCUGAUUGAUGUGUUAUUGAAUAUGACCAAAGUGUCAACUGGCCCCAAGUACGACCUUAUUGGGACGUAUGGGCCCUUCUUGAACGAUGUUCCUCAGCGGCUGGGCGCGAAUGAGGCUCUUGAUUCAGCUGCUAAAGCUCUGGUCCACGCACACUGUGAUCUCUGCUUACGUCGGCCUGUCACAGUUGACAGCUUGACCAAGUACACUCAUGCAAUCCAGAAAAUCAGAACAAUGCCGGAAGAUUCAGUCCAGGCUCAAGCAAUCGAAACCAGUUGUGCGGUAAUACUGUUACUGAUUCGCCAA